GACGCAACAGGCGCAAGUGCGGAGGCCAGGGACCACCACACAGACGGGAAGGUUGAUCAUCAGAUUUUCCGCAUCCAGACAGUCAGGAUAUGUCUGUAAAGAUGGAAAUGGAUAUCAAUGGAGCAUCAAGGGCACAUGUCUCAAUUCUACCUGCUGCUGACAUCAAAGCCACAUUGAAAGCAGAAACAGAAAGACCUCGCUGUGCCAGCACACCCUGUUCACCCAUCAGAGGUACUGUUGCAGGAUACCAGAUCCUCCACAUGGACUCAAACUAUCUGGUUGGUUUCACCACUGGCGAGGAGCUGCUCAAAUUGGCUCACAAGUGGUCAGAAAGCACUCCAGAGAAGGGUUUAUUAUCAGAGGCUGUGCCCAGUUCCAUCCAAACCACUGUCCCAAAGUCGAUGGACUCUGGCAUCCACCGGUCUUCACGAAUCUCCAAAGCCAAAAGUCGCUUAUACCAGCCGUACGACAUUCCUGCCGCCAAUGGGCGGAGGCGGAGGUGUAUGCCCAGCUCGAGUGACACCUUCCUCAGGUCCCUGGCCCACGGGGAGCCUGGGAGGGGUCUGCAUGCGCCACUUCCCCUGUGUCUCCUUAAAGGGAAGAGGACCCAAUCCAAGUCUCUGGACUACCUUAAUCUGGACAAAAUAAGUAUCAAAGAGUCAUCAGACACUGAGGUGUUACAGUACCAACUGCAGCACCUCACCUUGCGAGGGGAGCGGAUGUUCACCAGAAACAAGACAUAAAAGCAAAGAAGAUAAAAUGAUUAAGGCCUCUUUCACCCUCUUGGGGAUGUGGGUGCUAUUUCUAGCUCUUUUUCUUUGUACUCAGAUUAUAAGCAGUUCUUUAACAAUACAGUCUUGUUACAUUAUUAAUUACGCAGGUUAUACCCUGCUCUGUACACAUAAUGUUUAAGAAAAUUCUUAAAUUAGUCCUUACUAUCACUAUUAAUGGGGUUGUGGAGGUUAAAAAAAUUUAAUUAUGUAAACUUAGCAAUAAGUGGCGCACCUAUUUAUUGAAUGUGUUGUGUGUUUGUAUUGGUCCGAGAUGCACUGAUGUAUCAGCUUACAAUUGAUACAAGCACAUAUCACAUACUGUGUGCUUUUAAUGCAACAUUGCUAUCAGUCAGUUUUCUUGCCUACUUUCAAAUUAGCGAGAUAAUACCUUUAUUAUGUUGAUUAUUUGUUUGUGUUUUUUAUUUUAUUGCUGUAAAUUAAUAUAAUUGCAUUUGUAAACCACCUAUUGACCAUUAGAAGAGCAUGUGUAAAUGAUUUUUAUGACACACUUAAAAUCUAUCUGUGAGGUAAAUCUAAUAAAGUCUAUUACCUCGAUGGAUAUGAUGGAACCACAUACUUUGUGAUACAUGGUGGUCAGCACCUUACACCAUUACUCACAAAGAUGCCCUAAAAUGGCCCCUUCCUAAUGUGACCACCCUUGGGGAAAAAAAGGUUGGGCCAGGGUCCAUUUUCCAGUUGUAAAACUCAGACUGCUCAUUUGAGCUUCAGCUGAACUAUAGAAUGUAUUUUUACACAGACAGAGCAGUAUGAAUUUUGUCCUCCACCUUAUAGUCACACUAGGGGCAACAUCUCACAGCCUGUACGGACAGCAGCAAUGAUUACAGUUAUUCAAUGUUCAUAUGAAGUAUGUGUAUCGUAUUAAAACAGAAUUGAAAAAAAUAUUAUAAUCAAAUAGUCACCCCUUAAGUUUUCAUCUAUUUAUUAUUUACUGAUUGCUGUUGCCAAAUAUGUUUGGGAAUAUAUUGCCUUUUGAAAACCAUAUUGGUGCAUCUCUAGUUUUUUACAUUGGUUAUAGGGGCACAGCAGUAAAUAGAUGUGUCUUUUUGUAUCCCUGUGUAUGUUUCUCUUACGGCUGAAAAUGGACAUGUUCAAAUGCCUCUACUGUGGAAACAUUUCUGCAUCUGAUUGCACUGUUGCACAUCUACUAUAGAUUAUCUCUGGAAACGUCACUGUAUCUUGAUAUUGUCAGCAUCAUGGCAUUAAUGGUUCACAUGUAACACUGCAGUACUGUAUAUAAGCAAGCCAUUGGAACACAGAUCUUUGAAAACAAAUCUUUACACCCCUUUUAGUUUUUUCUCACUUUGUUGUUCUACUUCGAAAGGAAAUUGUGAUUGGUUUGCUUUAGAAUGUCUGAUUUUUUUUGAGGGGGGAGUGGGCUUCACACUAGGAGUAGAAAAUUCAAUUUAAUUUAUGAAUGUGGAACGUCUAGAGCCUCUAUGUGUCAAAUGGCAUCAUCCAAAUAGUUUUGUUGAAGUACGUUUUUUUUGUUGAAAGUCAAUCAGUCUCAGUACAACUGGUGCAGUCUGACUUACUUGAUUAUCUGAGUAUCUUGGGUUAAAUCCAAAGGGGGAAUUACUGUCUGCCACAGCAUAUCUGGGAGUCACCAGAGUCAGAAAUGUUAAAA